CUGCAAGCAAGAGUCAGUGCGCAGAGCACUUCUCAUAAUGUUUGGUUUUCCGCAUGGAAUGUCCACAUCACUGGGAUCUCCGGGAAUAGGGAGAGAGGUGAAAGAGUUGAGGCCCAUCGAAAUCUCAGAGGAUUGUUAAAAAGGAAAGGACAAAAGGUCCCUGGGACAGACUGAAGCUCCUGAUUGUAAAGGAACGGCAAUACCGGGAGCUAAAGGAGACAAACAAAGAAAAGGAAGUGUUGUUUCUUAAAGGAGAGCUCAAUAAGCUGAAAGCUUUCGCACUGCUGCUUGUGAAGGAGCAACAGCGUUUGGAGGAGCUACUAAAGGAGCACCAGUGUUAUGUUAAAAAGCUAAGCACUAUCGCCGACAGUGUUGACCAGGAGGUCAGGUCUGCAAAAGAGAGGCGCCGGCAGCAGCGGCUGAAUUCAAUGCAUCCUGAAGCGGAGCAACACAGCAGAGAGUUCCAGCGAGCCGGCUGCACCAUGACGGCUCAACUCCCCGAAGGGGCAACUCAAAAUCAGCCGCUGCGACAGCAGCAUGUGAGCGUCGGUCGCCGAAUCGAUGCUCUAGAAGAGAGGAGGAAUUCCACAAGGGAGGAGGUGGAACUUAAGGAGGCGGGUGAUCGAGACCCGGGACAACUGGGGUCACUUUCAGAAGUGGAGGUACUGAGGAGACGGGUGGUGGAAAUGGAAGGGAAGGAUGAGGAACUGAUCCGGAUGAGCGACCAGUGCCGGGAUCUGGACCGUAGACUGGUGAAGGAGACCAAAAAUUGCUGUAGCCUGAAAGUUGAGGUGGACGGGCUCAACGGUAGAAUCAGUGAACUGGACAGGAUAGAGGAAGCUUUGGGCAAAAGCAAACAGGAGUGUCGUAGUCUGCGAGAUAGUUUGGAAAGAGAGAGAGACGCAAGCAAGUUACUGUCAGGUGAGGUGGACUCCCUGAAGGUCAGGGUGAGAGAGCUGGAGUCAAGUGAAAGCCAACUAGAGAAAAGUGAAGCGGCGAUUAGACGCGACUUAGUCAUGCUCAGGUCCCUGACGGCGGCCUUGGUGGAGGACAGGAAGAACGUGUCCGAGAGGCUGCAACAAGCUGAAGAAAAGCUCGGUGGGCGGGGGAGCAAAGGGGAAGAGGGGACGCUGAGCUCCAAGGUAGAUAUGGACGGAAGGAUAAUCGGGAUGGAGAAUGAAAGGGACAAGCUCCAGGAGAGACUCACAGCGGAGGAGCAGAGAAAUGCAGAGCUAGAAAGUAAAAUGGCCACGAUGAGGAAAAGGUUACAGGUUUUGGAGAACAGGAGAGAGAAGGAGGAGAAGUACAUGCAAGGAUCCAUCCCCAACAAUUCCAGCCCUCGUUCCCAAACAGAGGAAAACAAAGUCAAACAGCUAACAUGGGAGCUGGAGAGGCUACAGAAAAGACUACAGGACAAGGAGUUAAUGGAGAAAGAGCUAAUGAAAGUAGAAGACAACUAUGAAUCUCUGGAAAAGAGAUUCAAGGACGAACAGAUUAAAUCCAAGUCUCUCGUCAAAGAACUGGAUAUGGCGAAAAAGGAGCUUUCUGGAUACAAGCAGGCAGAGAAGCAGGAGGUCAACCAGGAGCAUCUUCUCCUCUGUCGUCUUCAGAAGGAGCAGGUCAAGUCUAGACUGCUAGGGAGGGAGGUCAAUAGCCUGAAGGAGCAACUGCAGAAGCUGAUGGGGACAGAGGAAUCCAUCAGCAGAGUGCAGACAGAUCAUUCUGUACUCCAGGGUAAGCUGACCCACCAAGAAGCCAGGAACAGGGAACUAGCCCAAGAAAUGAGGGAACUGAGUAGUGAGCUAGACAGAUACAGACGCCUGAAAAACCUAACACCAGUAGGUGAGAAUGAAGAGCAUGCAAACCUUUAUCACACCACCAAGGAGGUGCAAACCGAUUCCACAGACAACCUGCCUCCAGACUACCAACUCCCGUCAAUAAUUAACGAAACAUUUGACGGGAAAGGCAGUAAUGAGGAUCCCAACCACAACGUACAAGUCACAGACAACCAGGGACCAAGUCUGGUCAACAACCUGAACAGCUUAAACAGUGCUAACAACAUUGUGUGCCAAAACAGAGGCCACCCGACCAAUGGGCUCAAUUUGCAUCAAGCAGCUAACGGUGAUGUGAUGAUGCUAACGCACACACCUGGGCAGCCCCUGCAAAUCAAGGUGACCCCUCAUCACAUUCUCAACACGGCCACCCUUGAGAUCAGCAGCCCCACCGCCGACACAGGCGCCUCUUACACCAGCACCGCCUUCAUCCCGUCCGGUGGGAAUACACCCAACCAAAGAAUCACCAUCAUCCAGAAUCCGCUCAAUGCUAAAAGCCCACCUUCGAGUCCUGAACGCACCAUUUCCCUACUUAACGGAACGCCCAUCUCUCGAAUGAUGAGCCCGAAUUCAUCCCGUUCGGCGACACCCGACCUACCCAUUCAGAUUCUGACCGUCCGGACUUGUUCUCCGGAGCCGACCGACAUGGGAAGCCCAUCUGCUACAUUCUGCAAGUCCCCUGAACGCCAGAACAGCUGGCACCACAUAUGCGCCAACAGCAGCCCCGACUCGAGUCCGAGCAUCAUCACCACAGAGGACAAUAAGAUCCACAUCCACCUGGGGAGCCCUUAUCUCCCACCUCAUAGCAUGGCGCCACCUGUCGGACCGUACUACCUGCGACACGAGCAGAGGACUCAAGUGCUGGCCAAUGGCUGCCAUGUUAAAGGUGUUGGCAAGAUUACAAGUAGCAUUACCAUAUCCCCUGCAGCCUCUCCAGCCUCACAGUCCUCCAUGUAAUAUAUUGAGGUCAUAUUGGAAACUUACUGAAUACUAAGUGCAUACGUUCCUCUGUGAUAAUGCAAUUUCCUAUGACGAAACACCGUAUUUUGCAAUAAAAAUGUUUAGUAAUACCUACAGUAGAUUUUAUGUACCACCUGUAUGAAACACUGUUACAAUACAAU